GAUGUUAUAGUGCAAGUGGAACACGUGGAGGGAAAAAUGAUUAAAUAUUCUGUGUUUGUGUUAUUAUUUAUAUGGCCAGCUGAUUUAGAAGAAUACGAUUUACUCGUGAUACCAAUACCAAAAAUAAAAAGCCCAAAGAGAACAGAGUACCUCCGAAUACCACUAUUACCCAAAAAAAGAAUAGCCAGGAAAGAUAACUUAUAUAAAUUAGACAUAGAACAUUAUGACGAACCUACAGAACAUCCUGAUAUAGAUAGUUUUGAUUAUAACAAAGACAGAGAAAUGCUAGAUAAAUAUGAAGUUUCUCAACGUUUGGACAAUGAUGUAGUUAAUUUAUUUGGUGAAGAUAAAAUUGUGGGUGGUUAUGAAGUUGAUAUAAGUUUGUAUCCGUAUCAUGUGGCCUAUGGGACUAAUUGUGGUGGAGCUAUAAUAGAUAGACGAUGGGUGAUCACGGCUGGUCAUUGUGGCAAAAAAGAAUACGUAAGGGUUGGAUCAAAAUACCUAAACCAAGGAAGGAAGAUAGGGAUCAAAAAUAACUACAUCCAUCCAAUGUGGACUGCUAAGACAAAAGAACAUCCUUUUGACUUUGACUUUCAAUUACUUGAACUGGAAGAAUCUUUGAAAUUCGACGACCACAUCCAACCAAUCAAACUUGCUCAUAUAGAAGAUAUGGUGAUUGGUAAAGUUAUUACCGUCACUGGUUGGGGUAAUACGGAGGAAAACGGUCCAUAUUCCAACGUGCUACGAGCAGUUCGUGUACCAAUCAUUUCCAAAGAGAACUGCCAACAUGUACCGUUCCCGUACUUCCGAGGGUCUCUAACUGCUAGAAUGUUCUGCGCUGGAUUCUCUGAAGGGAAGAAGGAUGCUUGUCAGGGUGAUUCAGGUGGACCUGCAGUGCACCAGGACAAGUUACUAGGCAUGGUGUCCUUCGGCUACGGCUGCGCGACACCGGGCUCUUUUGGCGUCUACAGCAAAGUCGCCAAAGUACGGCCCUGGAUAAAGGAGAUAACUCACUUGCAUUUUGAUUAAAUAAUGUUUUGUAAUGUGUUUUA